AAAACACUCACUUAACCAAGGCAUCCUUUCAAAAAUGCGCACAUUUAGAGAUCUUCAGGAGACGACAUGCCCGAUCCUUUGGUGAUUUUACGACAGGAAUACUGAUUCUUCAAGAUUUCCAGCAUUGAUUCCUAAGGCUAUCAUGAAGAAAGUGUGUGCUGUAGUCAUAUUAUUGCUGUGCUCUAUCACCUGUUUGGGAAAAAAAAUGCGCUGGUGUACUGUGUCAGAGCCGGAGCACAGAAAGUGCGCGGAGCUCGCCAAAGCGCUGGCGCAGGCGCUUACACCUGCAGUUCUCGCGGCGUUCGCGCGCCUCUCCUGCGUGAAAGCUUACAGCACGACUGACUGCAUUAGUAAGAUACGGGAUAAUAAAGCUGACCUGGUGACUCUUGAUGCUGGAGAGCUUUAUUCUGCAGUCAAACAGUUUAGUCUUACAACAAUUGCAAAGGAAAUCUACAAAGAUGGUGGCUGUAUUCUUGCUGUUGCUGUGGUGAGGAAUGAUAGUUCAAUAAACAUGCGCUCUUUAAAGGGCAGUAGGAGCUGUCACAGUGGAGCUCGCUGGACUGCAGGCUGGAGUCUGCCUUUAGGACACCUGGUAUCUCGUAACCUACUGCCCUGGGGUGAAGAUGAGCCCCUUAGUCAAGCGGUUAGUAGUUUCUUCAAUGCCAGCUGUGUUCCCGGAGCAGCUGCAAUGGCACCCAGUCUCUGUUCUUUGUGCAAGGGUCAAAGAUCAUAUAUCCGUCAGAAGAAUUUCCAUUGUGAGACCUCUCACAGCGAGCCCUUCUACCACAACCAAGGAGCACUCAGAUGUCUGCAGUCAGGGGCAGGAGAUGUUGCCUUUGUGGACCACACAGUAUUGGACAGCAUAGAUGAUAGUGAAAAAGAUGAAUUCAGGCUGUUGUGUACAGAUGGUACACACGCUCCCCUAAGCAGUUUCAGAAAGUGUAAUCUUGGACGAGGCCCUGGAGGAGGUGUGGUCACACGUUUGAACAACCGCAAAAUUGCUCGGAAGUUCUUGGGAGCUGCCGAGAUGGCAUUCGGCUGGAAGGGUAAAUACCGUCAGCGCUUCCAAAUGUUUGAAUCGGCAACCUAUGGUGGAAGUGACCUUCUCUUUAAAGAUGUGACUGAUAAACUUGCUUCGAUUAAUGACAUGGACAUAAGCCAGAUUCUGGGACUGGACUAUGUAGCCUUGCUCAAAGGCCUUGGACAUGAAGGUAGCUCACUGGAGGACAGCGUGGUGAGGUGGUGCUGUAUAAGUCAUGCUGAACAGAAGAAGUGCGAGCAGUGGGCUCUUAACAUCAAAUCAGAUCCCCUCGUGUGCGUGAAAGCCUCAUCUAUGAGUGACUGCAUUGAGAAGAUCAAGAGAGACGAAGUGGAUGCGGUGUCCCUGGAUGCCACUCAUGCUUUCAUAGCUGGGAAAUGUGGCCUUGUCCCUGUUGUGACUGAAUAUUAUGGAGAAAAAUGUGACCCUGAAGGAGUUGGAGGACAUUUCGAAAGUGAUGAAUUGCCGUCAGUGUAUGGUGUGGCAGUCGUACGUCGAACGAGUAAAAGUGUGAAUUUUGGAAGUCUGGGAGGGAGACGCUCCUGUCAUGGUCAUAUGUACAGCCCAGCAGGCUGGGUUUUGCCUGUAAGACACACACUUAGCACAGAGCACAACAGCAGUGACCCCUGUGACCCAAAUAAAGUGUACGCUGAGGUGUUUUGGAAAGGUUGUUUGCCAGGAGGAGAAGGCAGUCUAUGUAAGGUGUGUAUGGGUGGGACAGAGGAAGCCGCCACCAGGCGGUGUGCUGACAACCAUAACGAGCGUUAUUAUGGCAAUAUGGGUGCAUUAAGGUGCUUGGUUGGAGACCCCAGUGGAAAGAGCUUUGGAGAUGUGGCCUUUAUGGAACACCACAAUCUGGAGACCAAUAUUAAACGUCUAAAUAGCAGUGGCUGGGCAGUGGGCUGGGCCACCUGGGACCUUGAACUGGUUUGUAGGGAUGGGAAUCGGGCUCCUUUGACAGAAUGGAAGACAUGCAACUUAGGGGCGGUCCCUCCAAAUAUUGUUAUGACACGUCCUGUUCUUACAACUCGCAUUUAUGAUCUCCUAAUGAAGUCACAGGAGACCAUAGCAGCUCGUCCAAAUAAUGGAUUCCACCUGUUUGAGUCUGAGCAGUAUGGAGAGAGUGAUCUACUUUUUAAAGACGCUACAAAGUGCCUGGUUCACACCAGUCACAUGGACUACCGCACGAUACUGGGAGAAGAAUUUUAUGUACAGGCAGAGAGCAUCUUUAAUUGCACAGAUUCAAACAUCUUAAAGUUCUGCAAUCAAGAUGUGUGCAGCAUAUUCUAACAACUUAAAUAAAAUAAAGUUUAUGAUAACAGGUUGUCCAUAAAAAGCAUGGAUCUUAUAUGUAUAUGGCUUCUUUUGUAUCAUUCUUGUCAUAUAAUAAAAUACUCUUUAAAGGAGACCUAUCAUUACAA